AGUCACAGUCAGAAGCUCUUCCGUGCAGCACCUUCUCUGGCUGUUUUCGGUCACAUUCCCCAAGUUGUGGGUGAAGUUCUCUGUGUUUUGUCCAUAUCUCUCCCCGCACAAUUUUCAUUUUCUCUGAACUUUUUUUUUGUGUGGUGUUUCCGUGGUUGAAGGUGAAGUGGUGUAUCCUUCGAGUGCACUGUAUAAAGUGAAGAAAUUAACCCAUUCACAUACCAUUGAAAUCAAUAAUUUAGUUUUCAAAAUUUGUGUUGCCUUUGCAAAUAUUCCCUAAAAAAAAAAGUUCAUUUCGAUUCUGUGGAAAUUUCACGGAUUGUUCUGUCCAGUGUGGGCGGAAGGAGGUGUAGGAGUCCAAGAAAGUCACAAACUUAGCCCAUAAGGGUAAUAUGGAGCCAGAAAGACGAAAUACUGCUACAGAAUUCAGCUAUAUACUCCAUAGACAGGGUUCAGAUGACUCUGUGGAGGCACAUGCUUUUGAUGAUAUCAAAUCCUUGAUAAAGAAUGAUUCUGGUGCAAAGUCGGAUUCUCUGUCGUCCCUGCCUCAGGCAGCAUUCAACUAUAUCAACUCAAUUGUUGGAAGUGGAGUAAUUGGGAUUCCAUAUGCCUUCCAUAAGGCCGGAUUUGGUCUGGGACUUUUGCUUCUCAUCAUUGUAGCUUAUGUCACGGACUACUCCCUCAUCCUCAUGGUGCGCUGUGGACACAUCAGCGGACGAUUCAGCUAUCCGGGUGUCAUGGAGGCAGCCUACGGUAAAUGGGGCUAUUAUCUUCUCUCAAUUCUCCAAUUCACCUAUCCCUUUCUAGCAAUGAUCUCGUACAAUGUCGUUGUGGGAGACACCCUCAGCAAGGUCUUGGUGCGCUUUAUGCCCUCCUGGGGAAACUCCAUGGGUGCCGUCCGAGCAGCUGUUGUCUUUGUAGUUACAGCAUGCAUCAUUACUCCCCUGUGUCUCUACAAGAACGUCUCUCGUUUGGCCAGAGCCAGCUUCCUCAGUCUCGUGUGUGUCGUCUUCAUCCUGUUUGCCGUCAUGUGUAAGCUCAUCUCCGGCGAGUACAAUGUCGUGCCAGAUACAGAAAAUUCCUGGGAAUUUGCCAAUUCCGACAUCAUUCCAGCUACCGGCGUCAUGGCUUUUGCUUUCAUGUGCCACCACAAUACCUUCAUUGUCUACCAGUCAAUGAGAAAUGCUAGUUUGGAACGCUGGGAAAAAGUCACCCACAUCUCUCUGACCUUUGCUUGGAGUGUAGCUGCACUUUUUGGCAUAGCCGGAUAUGCAAUGUUCCGUGGACUUUCCCAAGGAGAUCUCUUAGAGAAUUUUUGCUGGACAGAUGAUCUCAUGAAUUUCUGUCGGGUACUCUUUUCUUUUUCCAUCCUGCUCACCUUCCCAUUUGAAUGCUUCGUGUCUCGUGAAAUAGUGAAAACGCAACUGCAGCGUUUUGUAUCAUCGGAGCCACCUGACCUGGAUAAGGAGAAAGAUCCUAGCCAGCAAACAGAAGACAAUGAUCGUCAUUCUGUAGUUAUUACGCUCACUAUUAUUUUCCUGGCCUUCAUCAUUUCACCCAUGACGGAUUGUCUGGGAUCAGUCUUGGAACUCAAUGGACUUCUGGCUGCCUUUCCUCUGGCCUAUGUCCUCCCUGGCUUAGCAUUUAUCCAAUUGGAGCCACAUUCGCUCUACAGUCGCGAGAAGAUGCCUGCUGUGGCUCUUGUUACUUUUGGAGUCAUCUUUACAAUUGCAGGAGUUGCUGUACUCAUUCCCGAUUUGAGCAAUAAUGAUUGUAAAUCCGAUGUUGUGAUGAGUUACUGCAAAAAUGAGUCUCAAAUUGUGGAUAAUGUCACCCUUUCUGCCAACCCUUAAGACGUCAAUAAAGAAAAGAUGCCAGAUGGAAUUUUAGGGAGUGAAAUUUUAUGAAAAAAAAUGGCACUAAAAGAGCUUUAAAACAGUUUGCAAUAGAUCAAUUUCUUCCUCUAAUUUUAUGUAACUAACAAAACAGGUAGAUUUAUCAAGAUUUACACACAAGAAUCUUUCACACUAAACUUUGAAAAAAACAAACUUUCCCUAAUCCUUUGGAUGAUUUAUUUUUUAGACAAUAUUUCCAAAUGCAACAAAGAUCUUACGCUAAAGUUCUUUCCCAAAAAAAGAAAUACGAUGAAAAGUUUGACAUAUGGGACAAUUUUUGACCAAGAAAAAGCAUUUGCAAAGUUUUGAGAAAAAUGGAAAAAAAAAUCAAUCAAAUAUUUACCGAAUAAUAAAACAAAAGGUCUAUUGAUAAUGUAUUUUAGAAAUACAUCCAGUAAACAUAAUGAUAAAAAAAAUAGUAGGGAAAUUAGAAAAUUAUAUUUUAGAAGUGUUGAAGACAAAAUUCAUGAGGCAACAUGUAAUAAAUUUACCAGCAAGAAAAUUAAUAGGGAAAUAUCAAAAUCAUAUCUGACACUAUCAAAAAAAGAAAUAGUAGAAUAAAUAUAUUUUGGAAUUUCUAAACCAAAAUUACACUUUCUAAUACUGAAUGAUUAGAGGAGGAAAUUAAAGUGAACGAUUAGGACUAUGUAUCUAGUACCUGGAUAUGGCAGAAAAAAUGAAAAAAAAAUAUUUUUGAGGAGAGUAUUAAGAAAAAAAUAUAUUAAAAUAUUUUUAUGAGUAAAAAUUGGGAUCAUCAAAAUAAGUGUACCAAAAUAGAGAAAAAAAACUUGUUAAGUUUUCAAAAAAACUAUUUAUUCAACGACGAUAACAAGCAAAAAUACCAAAAAUAAAUCAAAGAGAUAUUUAAUGUAGCUACAAAUUAGACUGUAUUAUUAAUUGUUGAUAUGUUUAAAUGACAUUUAACCUUAUUCUUUUAAUUAUCUAAGGCGGUUUUUUUUAAAUGUGAGGUUAUGCCAGACAUAACCUAGAAAAACAAAAUAUUCAAAGUACCACAAAAUGGGUAAAUUCUUAUUUCGACGCAUAUUUUCUUAAAAAUUAAACUAAUUAUCUGGUUUUGCAUUAAAUUUUGCAUAGGAUGCUAAAUCAAUUUUUUUAUUCAGAAACUUUGAAAAAAAUAUUAUUUUGUCAUUUUUAGGUUAGACCUGUAGUAAAGAGAGGUAAUUCCGAUGCUUUUCAUAGAGUGCGACUUUAACGCUUGUUUUUCGACUGAUGAAAUAUUUUUUCCCCGUUCCAAAUCAAUAGAAUUAUUCUUUGUUUCAUUUAGAAUCAUGAUAGAAAAAAAAUUUUAGCAAUAAUAUUGAAGAAAAAUAAUAAAAUUACGAUAAUAUUAAUAUAUGCGUAAGAACCUUACUGCGAUGCUUUUUUCUAACUCCGUUGAAUUCGAUCAAACUCGGAUACUCAUUUUAAGGAAAAGUUUAAUGCAUAAAAAAAUGAGAAGAUAUUAUUUCAAAAACAUUUUUUUUUAAAUUUUAUUCCACCAAUUCACAUUUCUGACUUUGAACCUCUUCUUCUGGCGAUGUUUUGGAAUUUCUCCUGGCCAGAAAUAGAACUGUUUAAUGUGUCGAAAAUCGAUUGAGUUUCAGAAGGAUCGAGAGUCUCAGAAGUUGCAGAGAGUUGAUUUCCAGAAGUGACUGGAUUAUUGUCGGUGGCCUGAUCAUGCUGGUUAUUGAUAAUGGACUUUCUUCCGAAUGUAGCAGAUGGCUUCAUGCCUGACAGUGUCUCCUACAGGAGACAUCCGGUAUUGAUCAUCUGUGGCUCACAAUGGCUCCUCCAUUGACGAUACCAUAAGCCUAGAGGGUCCAGGAGUUCGAUGAAUUGCUAAGUAUUUCACCGAUUGGCUAUAUUGUGGCCACCACGACGUGCGAUUUGGUCCUCCUGCAGCUUCAGAUGUCUGGAGGGAGACAGAACAUCACGAACAGAGCUAUCAAAGCCCCCUCAGGUUUCCUCGUAGGAAUAGGGAGGAAGUUUGCUUGAGUUAUAAUGAGGAUGCUCAGUUCAUUUUCUCGGAAAUGAAAUUUUUAGUACACAACCCAGCUGACAUGAGUUUGAAAAAUAUUUGUUUCACCCACUUAUUAAACCGAUAAAAAUAUAAUUUUUUGUUUUGCAUAAAGUAGAAUAGUUAUAUUAUGUUACUUUAGUGAUUAAUUAUGGAAAUAAAAAUAUAAAUUAUAUUUUAAGUGGAUUUAUCGGAGUUAAAUCGGUCGCGGCAUCCUAGUUUUGCAAUCGUCGGAGUUACAUGGCCUUACUAUACGCAUAACCUCACAUUUCUAUAACCUCUUAGCUAAAUAAAAGAAUUGAGUUCAUUGAGAGAAAACGUGAAUUGUAUUUUAAAAGAGUAAUAUAAAAUUUGUUGCAUGCUCAAAGUGAAAAAUGAAAUUAUGAAUGUGUAGAUAAAAAUUAUUCUUUUCCUUCUACAACGUAAUAAUAAAUUUAGAUUGUCUAUAUUUUUUGAUAAGAAAAGACUGAUAAUUUAUUUAAACUGUAUUUUUCUAUUUUUAAGAAUAUUAUAUUUAAUUCUUUGUGAAGAAUCAUGUAUAAAAAUGCACCAAUUUUCCAAACGACCGAGCUUUCAAAGUUUGAGAACGUAUGAACUAAGCUCUAAGACAAAAAACUCUACUUUCAGGCGUUUUCUCAGCACCAAUUUUCAAUAAAUAACCAUUCUUCAGUUUAACUACAGGGUCAUUCUACUUUGAUCACCGCAGAAUUUUAUAAAUCACUAUAAAGACAAAAAAAAUCACAGAGAAGCGAAAUAGAUCGAAGUUUCUCGUCCAUAAAUCAAAAUCCAUCCACAACAGGAAUAAUAAAUUAACAAUCUUCACGCAUUUUAUCAACGAUCUGGAGAUAAUCAAUCUUGUGAAAUGAUCCUGAGUCUUUUUUUUUCUUUUAAAUUCGCCAUUUAUUUUGUUUUACAAAUAAAAUUGCCAUUUUCUGUGUUGUUACACAAAAGAGACAAAAAGAUACAUAUUUUCUGAAUCUUAUCUCAAUAAAUAUCGAAAAAAAAUGAAAUAAA